GACUCUCUCUCUCUCUCGCAAUAAAGGGAAGCGUGGAAGAAUCACGAAGGGCUAGCACUGAACAUUAAGCUAGCUCUGGGUGGUUUAGGACUUUGUUUAUGAUUGUGGCAACACCACAGCUUGCACAAUGAGGCUAAAAAUCGGAUUUAUCCUCCGGAGUUUAUUAGUAAUCGGCACAUUUUUGGGGCUGGUGUUGCUCUGGUCCUCUCUGUCUCCAAAACCGGGGGAUGAAACCCCCUUCGGCAAAUUCGAAGCAAGAGACGCCCCGAACCCCGUCCCGAACCUUCCGAACGACGGCGGGGAUCAGUUCAAGGCCGUGGUGCCUUGGCCUCACGUAGAAGGAGUGGAGGUAGACCUGGAGGCCAUCAGGCAGAGGAACGGAGGAGACAAGCCCAACCCGAGGCUCAGACCUCAGGACCAGCAGAACAUCAUUCAGAAGCAGUACGUCACGUUUAAACCCCACACUAAUAUCUACUCGGACCCGGUUCUGCGCAGAGGGAGCCCGGGCAACUUCGAGCCCAAAGAGCCGGAGCCUCCAGGAGUCCCCGGAGGGCCGGGAGAGGGCAGCAAGCCGUUCGUUCUGGGACCCGAGUAUAAAGACUCGGUGCAGGACAGCAUUAAGGAGUUCGGAUUCAACAUGGUGGCCAGCGACAUGAUCUCACUGGACAGGAGCAUCAGUGACUUACGGCAUGAAGAGUGUAGAUAUUGGCACUACGAUGAGAACCUGUUGACCGGGAGUGUGGUGAUCGUGUUCCAUAACGAGGGCUGGUCCACUCUGAUGAGGACCGUACACAGCGUCAUCAAGAGGACGCCCCCCAAAUACCUCGCCGAGAUCGUCAUGAUCGACGACUUCAGCAACAAAGAGCACCUGAAGGGGAGGUUGGAGGAAUACAUUAAGCAGUGGAACGGCCUGGUCAAGCUGUUCCGCAAUGAAAAGAGAGAAGGAUUGAUCCAAGCUAGGAGCAUAGGAGCACGCAAAGCCACUCUAGGACAGGUGUUAAUCUACCUAGAUGCUCAUUGCGAAGUGGGGAUAAACUGGUACGCUGCACUUGUGGCCCCCAUAUCCAAAGACCGAACGGUUUGCACAGUGCCUCUGAUAGAUUACAUAGACGGCAAUGAUUAUACGAUAGAGCCUCAGCAGGGAGGGGACGAGGACGGCCUGGCGCGAGGAGCCUGGGACUGGAGUCUGCUGUGGAAAAGAGUCCCGCUGAACAGCAAGGAGAAGAAGAAGAGAAAACAAAAGACCGAGCCUUAUCGCUCUCCUGCGAUGGCUGGUGGGCUGUUUGCUAUAGAACGAGAUUUCUUCUUCGAGCUAGGCCUUUAUGACCCUGGUCUCCAGAUCUGGGGUGGAGAGAAUUUCGAGAUAUCUUACAAGAUCUGGCAGUGUGGAGGGCAGCUACUGUUUACUCCCUGCUCUCGUGUGGGACACAUCUACCGUCUGAAGGGGUGGUCCGGAAACCCGCCCCCUGCUCAUGUAGGCUCCUCCCCCACACUUAAGAACUACGUGCGGGUGGUGGAGGUGUGGUGGGACGAGUAUAAGGAUUAUUUCUACGCCAGCCGACCCGAGACGCUCACCCUGGCUUACGGAGACAUCAGCCCUCUGAAGAAGUUCAGAGAAGAGCAUCGCUGCAAGAGCUUCAAGUGGUUCAUGGAGGAGGUCGCGUACGACAUCCCCAUCCACUACCCGCUGCCUCCGAAAAACGUGGAGUGGGGCGAGAUCCGUGGAUAUGAAACGAGCUACUGCAUUGACAGCAUGGGACACACCAACGGGGGAAAUGUGGAGAUCGGACCGUGCCACAGGAUGGGGGGGAAUCAGCUGUUCCGAAUAAACGAUGCGAAUCAGCUGAUGCAGUAUGACCAGUGCCUGACGAAGGGCUCGGACAACACCGUCAUCAUCACACACUGCAACCUGAAGGAAUUCACUGAGUGGAGGUACUUUAAGGAUCUGCACCGGUUCACACACACCCCCACAGGAAAAUGCUUAGACCGCUCGGACGUCUUGCACACGGUCUUCAUCUCCGACUGUGACCACAGCAAGAGCAGUCAGAAAUGGGAAAUGAACAACAUCGUGGCCGUGUGAAGCCGACGCCGACGCCGACGCCGAGGACGUCGCAGAUACAGAACUCGAAUCUCACUGACCUUCUCACUGACCUUCUCCUGCACCAGGGGUUAACAAUGUAAAUACCGCUGAUGGAAAACUUUCCAUAUUUUUAUGUCAUCUCCAGUAAUGAUAUUGCCAUCUUUAUUUUUAUAUGUAGAUAUUUUACUCCAUGGUGGAUGAUGUUUACAGGUGUUCAGCCUUCAGUGUUGUAAGAGGAUGCACACAAGUGAAGAUGACUGACAUAAUACCACUGUUUUUAAUUCCUCACUGCAACGUUAGACCGCUUCUUUGCUUUCUAUUCUACUCCGUGAGAACACUGGGCAUUUUUUAAAUGUUUUUUCUUUUUAUCUUUUUUUUUUUUUUUUCUCUCCCUUCUUCCAGAGAUCUCAUCACUCCAAUAUUCUGAGUUUUUCUUUUUUCUUUUUUUUUUUUCUUCACGACUUUAAAUCUGACUGCUGCUUUUUGUUCUGAUUUUACGAGGAAAAUCGGGGGACGGUGAAUAUAAUAAUACGGAAAGGGCUUACAAGGCUGAGGGGUAAUCAUGAAAAAUAAGGGGAUAUAUUUAUUUAUUUUUAUUUUUGAAAUAUUGCAUCGACGUCUGCUUGGAAACAAGAAUGUUUAAUAAUAAUUAUGUAUGUGAAAUAUUUUGAUUUAAACGUAAGGCAAAUCACUGGAUAAGCGCUGUCCGUGGUGAAGGGCAUGUGACACGAGCAGAGGAAAAAAACAACCAUGUGCGCUAUUUUUUUUUUUUUUUGUACAAUGUAAAUACGAGCGUUUCUAAUUGAACAUUUUGAGAUGCAGCGGGCCUCGUAAUGAAGGUGUACAUAUCUAACGUGUAAAAUGAUCAGCACUGUUUUGUCAAGAGAAUAAAUCGAACCUUUUUACCA